AUGCUGCGCCCAGUUCCCUUGCCCGCAGCUGCAGGCCGAACCAGCGAGCCAGCUGCCGGGCCACCCGUCCAGACCCCCCUUCGACCCCGGGCGCUCCCAGCACCGGUCAGAAUUCUGAAAAGGGGUACCCUUGUCUGGCAGUCGUCCCGAUCCCGUAAAGGGAUCGAGACUGUGGUCGGUAGACGUACUUGGAGAACCGCAGGCUCCCCAGCUCCUCCAGCCCCGGCUCCCCCAGCCCCGGCGCCCUCAGCCCCGGCGCCUCCGGCCCAGGUGCCCCCAGCCCCAGCGCCCCCACUGCCCCUAGCUUCAGGCACCGGGGCAAUGGGACCGCUUCCAGGACCGGCCCAGGGAACUCGACGCCGCCGAGGGGCCGCAAUGGACCCACCGGAAGAACCACAGAAACUAACUGAACUGAUAGAGUCCCUAAUGUUUUCUCACCAGCCCACUUGGGAUGACUGUCAGCAGCUUUUACAGGUGCUCUUCACCACGGAAGAAAGAGAAAGGAUCCUCCUGGAAGCACGAAAGAACGUGCCUGGAGCUGACGGACGACCAUCACAACUCCCUCAUGAUAUAGAAAGGGGGUUCCCACUGACCAGACCCAACUGGGACUUUAAUUCUCCAGAAGGUAGGGAGCGACUAACCAUCUAUCGCCAGGCUCUGGUGGCGGGUCUUCGCGGGGCCGCAAGGCGCCCCACCAAUUUGGCCAAGGUAAGAGAGGUCAGUCAGGGAGCCACUGAGGCGCCUGCAGUGUUCUUAGAACACCUGAUGGAAGCCUUCAGGCGGUAUACUCCCUUUGACCCCACUUCCGAGGAGCACAGUGCCUCAGUGGCUCUUGCUUUUAUUGGGCAAUCAGCACCCGAUAUUAGAAAGAAGCUUCAGAGAUUGGAAGGCUUACAAGAUUUGUCGCAGAGAGAUUUAGUGAAAGAAGCUGAGAAAGUUUAUCAUAAGAGAGAGACUGAGGAAGAAAAGGAAUUGAGGAAGGAGAAGGAAAGAGAAAGUAAAGAGGAAAAAAGGGAUAGGAAACAUGAGAAAAAUUUAACAAGGAUCUUGGCCGCAGUGGUAGAAGGCAAGGGACGCCCGCCCUCUAGCGGCAGAACUAGUAAGGCAGGGCACCUGGGCAACCGGCCUCCUUUGGAUAAAGAUCAAUGUGCAUAUUGCAAGGAAAAAGGGCACUGGGUAAAAGAAUGCCCUAAAAAGCCACUAAAAAAGCCUCCGAAGAAGGUGUUGUCCCUGCUGGAAGACGAGGAUUAGGGAAGACGGGGCUCGGAGCCCCUCCCCGAGCCCAGGGUAACUCUGAAAGUGGAGGGGCAACCCGUUGAAUUCCUGGUAGACACCGGUGCUCAACAUUCUGUAUUGACUCAGGCAAAGGGCCCCCUCUCUGAUAAAAAAUCUUGGGUGAUCGGGGCUACGGGCCAGAAACAAUAUGUGUAGACUACCCGGAGAACAGUGGAUUUAGGAGUAGGACGAGUAAACCACUCGUUCCUUGUUAUACCGGAAUGCCCCACACCCCUGUUAGGAAGAGACAUUUUAACCAAAGUGGGGGCCCAAAUAUCCUUUCAAGCCGGGGAACCUCUGGUGACCAAUCAAGAGAAUAAACCUUUGAGCUUAAGCGUCCUGACUAUAAGAUUAGAAGAUGAAUACCGUCUUUUUAAGGAGCCGGAGCCCUCCAAAAUAAGUCAGGAGUGGUUUGACCGGUUCCCAGGAGCCUGGGCGGAAACGGCCGGCAUGGGGCUCGCCAAGAACCAGCCCCCUGUACUCAUAGAACUAAAAGCUUCAGCCUUACCUGUAACUGUGAGACAAUAUCCAAUGAGUAAAGAAGCCAGGGACGGAAUUAGGCCACAUAUCCAGAAGCUUAUGGAACAGGGGAUAUUAGUAAAAUGUCAAUCCCCAUGGAACACCCCCUUGCUGCCUGUAAAAAAGGCAGGAACGGGAGACUACCGACCAGUACAAGAUUUAAGAGAAGUUAAUAAAAGGACACAGGACAUUCACCCCACUGUGCCAAAUCCUUAUAACCUACUAAGCUCCCUGGCCCCGGAAAACACCUGGUAUUCAGUUUUAGAUUUAAAGGAUGCUUUCUUUUGUCUGCGCUUACACCAGAGCAGCCAACCGCUGUUUGCUUUUGAAUGGAAAGAUCCCUCCACAGGAACUACUGGACAAUUGACCUGGACUCGUUUGCCACAAGGAUUUAAGAACUCGCCCACCCUCUUUGACGAGGCUUUACAUCAAGAUUUGGCUUUCUACCGAGCUUCUAACCCACAGGUAACUUUGUUACAGUAUGUUGAUGACUUAUUGAUAGCCACCCCUACUCAGAGAACCUGCCAAAAGGCCACUGGAGCCCUUUUGGCUGAGCUUGCCAAAUUGGGGUACAGGGUAUCUGCUAAGAAGGCACAGAUCUGCCAACAACAAGUGACUUAUUUGGGAUACUCCCUGAGAAAUGGGAAAAGGUGGCUUACUGAAGCCCGAAAGCAGACUGUGACGCAGAUUCCGCUUCCCACUACUGCACGCCAGGUUCGCGAGUUUCUGGGGACAGCAGGGUUUUGUAGACUAUAGAUACCCAGAUAUGCUUCUUUGGCAGCCCCUCUGUAUCCCCUCACUAAAGGAGCAGCCCCGUUUGUUUGGGGAUCUGAACAACAACAGGCCUUUGAUGAUAUCAAAAAGGCCCUCCUCUCAGCACCCGCUCUGGCAUUGCCAGACAUAACUAAGCCAUUUAUCCUUUUCGUAGAUGAAUGGAACGGAGUAGCUCGAGGAGUAUUGACCCAACAAUGGGGACCUUGGAAGAGACCUGUCGCCUAUUUGUCUAAAAAAUUAGACCCCGUGAGUAGUGGAUGGCCCACUUGUUUGAGAGUAGUGGCAGAUGUGGCCCUCUUAGUUAAAGAUUCUGACAAGCUAACGCUGGGACAAAAACUCACUGUGGUUGCUCCUCAUGCGCUGGAAAGCGUAAUUCGACAACCACCCGAAAGAUGGAUGUCGAAUGCCAGAAUGACUCACUAUCAAACCUUACUCCUGAAUCGUGAUCGUGUGGAAUUUGCCCCGCCUGCCAUCCUAAACCCGGCUACUCUGCUCCCCGAUGUGGGAAAAGAAGUGCUUCAUACCUGCCAGGAAAUCCUGGCUGAGGAGACGGGGACCCGUCGGGACUUACGAGAUCAGCCCUUAGAAGGACCGGGACUCCUGACCUGGUACACAGACGGGAGCAGUUACAUCAUGGGAGGUAAGAGGAUGGCAGGAGCUGCAGUAGUAGAUGAUGACCGAAUUGUGUGGGCCAGCGGACUCCCAACGGGCACUUCUGCACAGCGGGCAGAGCUCGUCGCCCUGACUCAGGCUUUAAAGAUGGCAGAAGGUAAGAGACUUAACGUCUAUACUGACAGCCGUUACGCUUUUGCCACUGCUCAUAUACACGGGGCUAUAUAUAGACAGAGAGUGCUGCUGACUUCUGCCGGGAAAGAUGUUAAGAAUAAACAAGAAAUCUUAGAUCUGUUAGAAGCUAUCCAUAGACCUAGAGAAGUAGCAAUAAUACAUUGUCCUGGGCAUCAAAAAAGUGACUCUCCAAUAGCUCAAGGAAACAGAAGGGCGGACCAAGCCGCAAAACAAGCAGCCCAGGGAACGAACAUCUUACCUCUCCAGGUGUACCCAGAAGCCACAUGUAGUAAGAACUUUCAGUAUACCCCCGAGGAUCUUGCUCAGAUGGACAAGUUGGAGAUCCAAAAAUCCCCACCCCUUGGAAUGUAUAAGUCAGAAGAUGGGAAAAUUAUCCUGCCCCAGAAAAAGGCAGGAGAAUACUUAAGGCAAUUACAUCAGUUGACACAUUUGGGGGCCAAUAAUCUAAAAACCCUAGUUCGAGAUUCCCCUUAUCAUGUCAUCGGUUUGGGAAAAUUGGCAGACGAGGUUGUAAGAAAUUGUGUUCCUUGCCAAUUAGUAAAUGUGAACAGACAUCAAGUAAUAUGCGGAAAGAGGCUUCGAGGAGAUCGGCCAGGAGCCUACUGGGAAGUUGACUUCACUGAAAUUAAGCCUGCUAAGUAUGGAUAUAAAUACCUCCUAGUUUUCCUAGACACCUUUUCCGGAUGGACAGAGGCGUUCCCCACCAAAACUGAGACAGCUCAGAUGGUGUCC